AUGGUCGUCCUGCGUCUUGCCCGUCCUGCGCGCCAGGCGCUACGGUCCUCGCUGACGGCUGCCGGCUGCUGCUGCCGGCGAAAUCCCGUCGCUGCGGCCGUGCGGUUUGCUUCGUCGGAUGGCAGCGACCGGAGCAGUGCGCCGCCGGCCGCACAGGCGGGACCUCUGGACGUGCUGGUGGACCACGAGCUGCAGCUGGGCGAGCUGCCGGGAGCGUCGUUCCGCGUGGAGCCGCUGCGACGAGUGGGCGAAGACCCGACCACGAAGCGGGCGCGAUUGUUAUACCAGUCUCGCAAGCGUGGCACGCUCGAGUCCGACCUCCUCCUCUCGACCUUUGCCGCCCAGCAUCUCGGCUCCAUGACAGCCGCCCAGCUGGACGAAUACGACCGCUUCCUGGACGAGAACGACUGGGACAUCUACUACUGGGUCACGCAGGACGAGGGCGAGGCUGCUGAAGCUGCCCGGCUGGUUCGUGAGGCUGCCGGCGACAACGUCACGCCGCGCCCCGAACACGAGUGGGCACAGACCGUCGGCACGUUCCGGCCGGCCUAUCGUCCUGUGCCCGCUCGCUGGCAGACUAGCGAGAUCCUCCGCCUGUUGCGCCAGCAUGUGCGCGAACGGUCUGCCGAUGGCGCCCCUGUCGCCCGCGACGUCGUCCAGUCGGAGCCCGUCGUCGUUGCCGCCACCGCGGCUGCGGCCAAGAAAAAGGGCAUGGCCUUUAUGCCGCCGCUGUCGCACUUUGACAGAACCUGA